AGCGCUGUGGUGAUUACGGCUAACUCGACUCAGCCCAGAAAUCCGACGUUAGAAGACAGCGGUGGGGAAACAAAGCGCGUAUUCUGAAGGUUUGUUUACGAUUUGUAUUAGCUCGGGUUGAAAAUUAACUUCGCGCUUAGCGGUAGGGGGGUGGGGACUCGGUGGCGACUGUAUUCGCAUUUCCACUCAUUGUUUGUAGCUUCAGGAAGAAGCUGUCUGGAGUCGGACUGCAGUAGCGUUUGGGGAGCUAACGUUAAUUGUCAAUCGAAGAUAAUCGCGGUAAAUGAGUCGGCCGACGGGAAGGUGUCGAGCAUUUGGGGGAAAAGAACUCACGGUAGGGUAAGACUAUCGAGUUCGAGCUCGCUGUAGGGUUUGCGCGUCAUCGCGCCCCUGCCACGGAGCCGUGCAGAGAUCCGCUUCCACGUCUCGGCUGCUGUGCAGUAUUGCAGUCUGCCAGCUGGGCUAGGCCACGUCCUUCUUGGGCUGACAUUGGGCGGACUGUGGGGGAAGAUGCCCAGUAUGCGGAAGGAAGACGACGGGGAGUGAAGCGCGAGAGAUGGGAGAAGUCUUGACCGUGAGUGGUUUGUGUUUCUGAGCGGCUGCCGCAUACGCACGUCAUGUCACGUACACGGAUGCGCCGCACAGCGGGGCAAUAGUCUCUUUGAGCCGCAAGGUUAAAAGCUGAAGUGACAGUUUCAAUUUGUUCGGACAUGAUCGGCUUCGGCGCAAACCGACGAGGAGGCCGCCUCCCGUCCUUCAUCCUCAUCUUCCUCAUGGCGGUCAUCGCCAUACUGGCGUUCAACUACUGGACCGUAGCCAACAAGCACGGCCGCUUGCUGGAUGAGUUGUUGGAGGUGCAGUCGCGGGUGAAGCGCACGGACGCGGCGAGGAGCCGGCUAGAGAAGCGCAACACUGAGCUCAUGGCGCAGGUGGACACGCACAGGAAGCAACUGGACAAGAAGGAUGGAGACUACAGCGUCAUGGAGGGCAAACUGCAGGCCCGAGACGCGCUCGGCAAAAAGUGCACCGACGAAAAGGUUAAGCUGCAGGGUGACCUCACAGCCCAAAUUACAGAAAUCCAGAUGCUGAAAGAGCAACUGAAUGAUUUGAAGCAGGAGUUUAUGAAACAGGAAGAUCAUCUGAGAGAUGUUAAAAAGAAUACAACCACCUUGGAGAGAAAGCUGGAAUAUGAAAGUUUACAGUGUGGACGUCAGAUUGCACAGUUAAAAAUUGAGUAUGAAGAAUCAAAGAAGAAUCUAGAAGAUAAAGCUGUAAAGCUUAGACUGAAUGCAAUUGAUGGCCAAAAGGGUCCAGUGGCUGGAGGACAUGCUGAGGGAACUCUGGCUGAAGAGCACCGUACAGUGGCAACUCACCAUCAUGACAGUCCAGAUUUAAAAGAUGUAAUGGGUAAGCCGGGCAGUGACGCUGGCAUGCCUGGUAUUGAAGACAGCGAGGUGGGGAAACUUGAUGAAGUGCAGUUUGAACUGAAGAAGCCAGCCAUCACUCAGAUCCGUGAUGAAGCCCCUGAUGUGGUUGUGGGGGCUGGUGCUGGACCCGGUGUUGGGGCAGCUGAUGGCCCUGGGGUACAGGGCUUAUCUCUUGACCAGCCCCAGCUCCAGCAGGAUAGAGGGGAAGGCCAGGCAGCUGUGAUUGCCGCUCCAGGUGUCAUCAAACUGGCAGACAAACCAGUAGUAUUUGAAGAAGACAACAAGUCUGAUAUCAAAGCAGAUGAACUGGGGGAACAGCAAAGACAACUUCAGGCUCCAGAUGUCAAAGGUACAGAUGAACGCUUAAAGGGGAUUCCAUUCCCUGCCAACCCUGCCAAGGCACCCAACACUAUCCAAACACACCGCAAAGACCAAGUCCCAGCAGGGGCACUCCACCAUCACCAAAGCCGAUUCUUUGACGAGAUCGAGUCCCCAGUAGAUCCGCAACAUGGCUCUAAGCUAGCGGACUACAAUGGGGACGAUGGCAAUGUGGGUGAGUAUGAAGCUGACAAGCAGGCUGAGCUGGCCUACAAUGAGGAAGAGGAUGGUGAUGGUGGGGAGGAAGACGUUCAAGACGAUGACGAUCGAGACAUGCAGGGAGAUCGGGCUGUGGAUUAUGGAAAGCGACAUCAAGCUAUCGACAUUCUCUGAAUGUGAAUUUUGUACAGUGAAAUCUCAUCAAAACAUACUGACCUUCUUUGGACAUCAGUAUGAUUCAGAAUUCACAGCUUGCAUCCUUAGUGUCAUGGACCACGUCUACAAACAAUUAUUACAGAAUUUGAAUAAUAUUUCCCAACAAUACAACCCAAAACAUGGAACAGUAUAAUCAGUUAUGUUAUUUGGUAAUGCAGUUAGGCUAGGACAAUAUACAGUAAGUGGUCUGUACAUUGACAACUUUUACUGUUGUGUCUCAGUUCAUAGCUGAGUAGUCUAAAAUAGCCUAGUUGACACAUCAACUGAAAUGUUUUGUUCUGGAUGCUGUGCUGACAUGUUUCUCAAAGAGUUUAAUCGGGCAUUUGGACUCUUCACCCCAAUUUUUGGACACUUGCAAAGGAUGCCAUUUCUGUUUUAGGUUUACAACAGUAGGAAAGUGUUUGAAAUGCCAAGGACUUUGCUUAGGGUCUAUUAAAUCAUUUUUUGUGAACACAAGAAGUGGCCAUCAUCCUCUUCUAAAUGAUAGUAUUCAUGAAUGUUAGAUUCAUGAUGAUAAUCAUGCCUUUUCAUCGAUUGCAGGCACACACACACACACGCACAUGCAGACCAAAAAUCAGGCAUUUAAGUUUUGGUUGUAUUGUCUGUGCGUGUGUGUGUUUGUGUGUGUGUGUGUGUGUGUGUGUGUGUGGUCUGCUCAGAUAAUCUUAAAACACACCACCACACACAUAAAGAUUCUCUUCCACCACCAAUCUCAAAUCUAGUCUCCCAAGACAGAAAUCUUGCGUGAUUAAACAUGAUCUAACAAAACAAGGAAGAAACAAAACCGGAUAUAUUGUGCCGAUGUUUCUUGAUUGUUGCCGAAGGGACCAAAGGCUUGUGUUGUCGAAUGGUGGUGAUGCUAAUAACACUUGAAAAUGCGUCUUGCCGUUUGGUGAACCCACUUACACAAAAUACAACAUCGGGUAGGACAUUUUAUUUAUGGCCGUUUCCUUGUUCCACACUCGGCUCGCUUCUUGAUUAGCUACAAAUUCACUCCUCAGACCACAGGAUAAUUUUAUAGGAUAAUCGUGUAAAAAAAAAAAAACUGUGUGACAUUUGUCAUCCUUGGUCGGGAAGGGGCAAAAUUUGGACAAAAACAGUCCUAUUAUGUGGCCUUAGCGUCCUGAAUAAAGUGUCAUGUGCACCUCUAAUGUACAGUGGUAGCACAGUGCAUAUGAACUGAUACCUUUUUUUCUGUACAGGUAGUAUGUUUCAUGUAAUUUGUGAAUUUGGGGAUAUGUUUUAGUCAAAACAUGCAGGUGUUGAUUUGACAG